CUGAAUCCCAUAUUCGGCGAUCCCCGGGUAAAUCCUGGGGCCCAUGAUGCUGACGUGCACCAGCUGAACUCAUUUCGGGUAAAACUUCAACGACAAAUUGCCGAGUUCCGGAUGGCCGCUAGGAAUGAUGGAUAUAGUAUGAAAUUAAACCUUAUCUCGAAAUUCAAUAACAUUCUUCAAGGUCAGCCACUCAGAGCCAUUUGCUUAACACUACAAAACGUCGUGGACAGAGCCGAGCCGGAGGAGAUUUCUAGAUAUGGGCAGCUUACGAAGAGCUUAUUGAAGCAGAUCACGGAGUUACAAGGGGAAUUGGACAAGGAGCAGGAAAUGUUUGAAAAUGAGGCUAAACAACGUAUUAAGGAAAAUCUAUGGAUUACUAAAACCAGGCUGAGUAUCGAAAUCGCAAGGAUGGUAUUUGAAAAAUUGAGGCCUGUGCAGAAUUCGUUUGAUGUGAUCCGAAAUCAUCUUGGCAAAAUUUCGAGUGAAUGUUGCUCAUUACACGGUGAAACUCCAUUUUUUGGAUUUGGCUUAUUGGAUUCUAGUUUUAGUUGUAUUCGUAGUGAAAUAGAUAAUUUCGAGAGAAGCCUGGAUGUGUUCAACUCUUUUGUGGAUUAUACAUCACCUACACUAUAUGAAUCAUGUUCAAAUUUUGCAUCCCAAAUGGACGUCCUUGUUACUCAACAAGAUAUUAAAUUGAUAUGUGAUCAUUUGGCCGAUGCAAUUUCCAAUCAACAUUACGACGGGAUCAUACAGUACGGAAAGAAGGCUAAAACAUUGUACAGCGAUUUUUCCGCACUGAAAACUUUUAUAGGCAGAGAAAUGAAUAAGCUAAAGCUGGAGCAUGUAGUGAGCCCCAAUGCGAAGCUUAAUGCGGAUAGCUAGGAACAUAAAUAAUAUGUGUAUGCUGAUGUGUUUUCUCACUGCCUAAACAUUUGCCGGUACUUGUUAUAUUUAUGAUAAAUUUUAUCCUUU